AAGCACCUCCGCCUCUGAGCACGGUCGUAGCUCUUGGAGGCUCCUCCUCGGGCAGCGCCGGGGUGGUGGGCUUGGGAGAGGGAGCCGCUUUGCCCUCAAGCCCCCCUCCCCGGCGUGUACAGAGCGGAGGGCACGGGGGGAGGCAGCGACGUCCCUCUGCUUGCCCCCCCACACGCGACACCAAAGGUCGAGCACUCUGUGGCGGCACUUGCCGGCUCCAUCCCAGCUUCUUCUCUGCCCAGCCCGGGACGGGCAAUACAGACAGGUCACAACCUUGCGAGGACGAGGAGGUUGAACUCGAGUCGGCCACGUGGGAUCGAAGGUUUUGCUUUUGGAGAGGCCAGAAGUCUUUCCAAGCUCUUAAUUUCUGUCUUAAGAAGAACCACCGCACUAGGCCCUGGCUAUGGCGCAGCUUCAGGCACGCUUCUUCACUGAUGACACGAAAUACAUAGUAGAUGAUGUACCUUUUUCUGUCCCAGCUACUUCUGAAGUUGCUGAUCUCAGUAAUGUUAUCAACAAACUGCUGGAAGCUAAAAAUGAGGGCCACAAAUAUGUGGAAUUUGACUUCCUUAUCAAGGGACAGUUCUUACGUAUGUCUCUGGUCAAAUACAUGGAAAUGGAAAAUAUCUCAACAGAAGAAGUAGUAGAAAUAGAGUAUGUAGAGAAGUACACAGCACCUCAGCCUGAGGAAUGUAUGUUCCAUGAUGACUGGAUCAGUUCUAUUGAAGCCACAGAAGAAUGGAUUUUAACAGGCUCUUAUGAUCAGACUUCUCGGAUCUGGUCAGUGGAAGGCAAACCCAUAAUGACGCUUGCUGGGCAUACAGAUGUGGUAAAAGAUGUGGCCUGGAUAAAAAAAGACAGUUUGUCAUGCCUGCUACUAAGUGCCUCUAUGGAUCAGACAAUCCUGUUGUGGGAAUGGAAUGUAGAAAAGAACAAAGUGAAGGCCCUUCACUGCUGCAGAGGACAUGCAGGAAGCAUAGAAUCCAUAGCUGUUGAUGGCUCAAGAACGAAAUUUUGCAGUGGAUCUUGGGAUAAGAUGUUAAAGAUCUGGUCUGCAGUACCUACAGAUGAAGAGGAUGAAAUGGAAAUGGAGGAAGUAGCAAAUAGACCAAGGAAAAAGCAGAAAACUGAACAGUUGGGAUUAACAAGAACUCCCAUUGCAACCUUUUCGGGUCAUACAGAAUCAGUAUCUUCUGUACUUUGGUCGGAUACCGAUGAAAUAUGUAGUGCUUCAUGGGACCAUACAAUUAAGGUGUGGGAUGUUGAAACAGGAGGCCUUAAAUCAACUUUGACUGGAAACAAAGUGUUUAAUUCUAUAUCUUACUCACCAUUAUGUCAGCGUCUUGCCUCUGGAAGCACUGACAGACACAUUCGGUUAUGGGAUCCUCGAACCAAAGAUGGUUCUCUGGUGUUGCUUUCUCUUACCUCACAUACUGGUUGGGUGACAUCAGUGAAGUGGUCACCCACACAUGAACAACAACUUAUAUCAGGUUCUCUAGACAACUUUGUCAAACUCUGGGACACAAGGAGUUGUAAGGCUCCUCUCUAUGACUUGGCUGCUCAUGAAGACAAGGUUUUGUCUGUGGAGUGGACAGAAGCUGGGUUGCUGUUAAGCGGAGGAGCGGACAACAAGCUAUAUUCCUACAGAUACCAAGCAACCACUUCUGAUGUUGGAGCAUGAAAAUGAAUGAGAGAACAAUCGGGGAGAGAGAACUCUACAGCUAGAAGUUCUUGGAAUCUAUCAUGCCACAUCUUCAGAAAAUAUGCUAUGUUAUAGUUUUACAAAUUAUGUAUUUAUAACUUUGAGGAAUAAUACAUUUCCUUUGCAUUCUUUGUUUUUAUGUAUUUGAGGACAGGCUUUUGUAUUUAAAGCCUUUUCUGCACUAGCGAAAAUAAAGUGUGAAGAUGCUUGAACUAUUAA